GUCGCAGAUUGCCGCCUUCCGGUUAGCCUCCGAGGCCGAAGAUUCGUUGGCGGGUCUGGAAGCCGCGUCCACGCCCUCCUCGUCAUCUGGUGGUGCCGCUGGCGCCACGCCCGGCCCGACCGAGCCCUCCUUGUUCGAACUCGACACCGACGAGAUUGACGAGGACUCGGACCCGCCCGACGAAGAUCUGGACGAGGAUCUCGACGACGAGGACGACCUUGAGGACGACACCGACGAAGACGACGAGGACCUCGAAGACGAGGAGGACGAGGAAGACGACGAGGAUCUCGACGAGGAGGACGAGGAAGACGAGGAGGACGAAGACGACGAGGAUCUCGAGGAUCACUCUCGUCUGGAUCUCGACGAAGAGGACAGCGAGGCCUCGGGGGUGAGCGAAGAGAACCCAGGUUCGUCCCUGCCGCAUCCCGGACCGCGCCGCCACCAAUACCUUCUGGACCGCCUCCACGACGACUCGGGCGACGACACCCCCAGUCGAGGCCGUCCCCCUCCUCAUUCCGCCGAGAGUCCCCAUCACCCCGUGGACCCCGAGACCCAAUCCCGUUUGGAGGCCUUGCUUGAAGCCGCCGGCAUUGGCAGCAUCGAAGAGUCCAACCCCAAUCUCGCCGACCCAGAGGUCUUGAAGCGUCUCACGUCGAGUGUUUCCAGUGCCCUGGACGAAGCCGCGGCCGCCCUGACUCGCAUGAGAAGCGAUCCUCCCGCCGAGGGCAGAACCUUGGUCGAGGCGUGCACGGAGGGUGAUAUUAAGAAGGUGCAGAAGCUACUCCACGAAGGUCGCGUCUCCGUAAACGAUACCACGGAGGAGGGCGAGUCCCUGCUGUCGUUGGCGUGCUCGGCGGGCUACUUCGAGCUGGCCCAGGUGCUCAUUGCUAUGCGAGCCAACAUUGAGGAUCGCGGCAUGAAAGGCGACUGUACCCCGCUCAUGGAGGCGGCUAGUGCCGGACAUCUGGAUAUUGUCAAACUCCUCAUCAACCAUGGAGCCAACGUCAACGCCCAAUCUCAGAGUGGAAACACCCCCUUGAUGCACGCCUGUGCUGGAGGUCAUGAAGCCGUGGUGAAGGCCCUCUUGGACGCGGGUGCCAAUGUGGAAGACCAUAAUGAGAAUGGGCACACCCCUCUGAUGGAAGCUGCCUCGGCUGGACAUGUGAAGGUCGCCAGGAUCCUCCUGAGCUUUGGUGCCGGGAUUAACACGCACUCGAAUGAGUUCAAGGAGAGCGCUCUGACCUUGGCCUGCUACAAAGGCCAUUUGGAAAUGGUGCGCUUCCUAUUGGACGCGGGGGCGGAUCAAGAGCACAAGACGGACGAGAUGCAUACGGCCUUAAUGGAAGCAUCCAUGGACGGACAUGUGGAAGUCGCCAAGCUACUUCUGGAUCACGGAGCCCAGGUGAACAUGCCAGCCGAUAGUUUUGAAUCUCCCCUGACUUUAGCUGCCUGUGGAGGCCACGUGGAUCUGGCUAUGCUGCUCCUGGAGCGCGGAGCCAAUAUUGAGGAGGUCAACGAUGAAGGCUACACCCCUUUAAUGGAGGCAUCGCGAGAAGGCCACGAAGAAAUGGUGGCCCUCCUUCUCAGCCAAGGGGCGGACAUCAACGCCCAAACGGACGAAACCCAAGAGACGGCGCUAACUUUGGCGUGCUGUGGGGGCUUCCUGGAAGUGGCGGACUUUCUGUACAAGGCGGGCGCCGACAUCGAGUUGGGCGCGUCCACUCCGCUCAUGGAGGCCUCGCAAGAGGGGCAUCUCGACUUGGUGCGAUACCUCCUCAAGAUGGGUGCCUUUGUGAACGCCGUGACCACCACCGGGGACACGGCCCUCACCUACGCUUGCGAGAAUGGCCACACUGACGUGGCCGAGCUCCUCCUGAUGGCCAACGCCGAGCUCGAGCACGAGAGCGAGGGCGGGCGCACGCCGCUCAUGAAGGCUGCGCGCUCGGGUCACCUCUCGACCGUGGAGUUUCUACUGGAGAAAGGCGCGGACGUGAACCGUGCCACCUCCAACAACGACCACACGCCCCUGUCUUUGGCGUGCGGAUCCGGGCAUCAGGGUGUGGUGGAUGUGCUGCUUCAGAAUGGAGCCGAUCCCUACCAUAAACUCAAGGAUAACUCGACCAUGCUCAUCGAGGCUGCCAAAGGCGGACACACCACCGUGGUCCAGCUCCUGAUUGACUACCCCAACACCUACCCCGUGGUCGACCCUGCGUCCUCCACGUCCUCGUCCACGCUGAUUGACCGCGUCACCGGCCUGCCCAUCGCCUCCGCCGCCGCCGCCACCACCACCACCACCACCACCGCCGAUGAUCAGCACCACCCCGCGUGCUCAUCCAGUGCCGCCACGUCCCCGUCCACUCUCCUGUGUGCCGCCGAUAACAACGGCUCCGCUUCCACCGGCCAUCAACACCACAACCACCAUCAGCACCCGCCUACGGUGAGCCUGCCGGUCAAGUCCGUGCUGCGCAAGAACCAGCGCGGAGUGCCCUCGAACUUUGUGCCGGGCACGCCCAACAAGGAGGCCUCGUCGGGCGGGAAGGUGGCCAAGACGAACCAUGCCAAUAACGCGAGCUCGUCGUCCCUGUUGCAUGCCGACUCAUCGGGCUAUGACUACUUUGAGAACUCAAAGUUCGUGCUGGAGGGCCUGGCGGACAAGGGAUUGGACGCCAAGUCGUACAUCCAAUCCAUGCUGAACCGCACCGAAAACGCCACCAAGGAGGAGCAGAUCCAGGAGAAGGAGCAGAUCGUGCUCGAGUUGAAGCGUGUCGAGCGUGAACUACAGGAGAAGGCCGAGGCUCAGCAGAAGCUGCUUCGGGAAAGUGGCGAAGGAUCAUCCAACCCACCCAAAGCGGUCACCAGCGACCCCAACAAGCGUAUGCUCACCAGCAAGGAGAUCCUCCAGUACAUUGCCAAUCGCACCAUUGAUGGCAAGGCUCUGCCUCCAGGACCUGUUGGUGUCCCAACGGCAAGUGUCCCCUCUCCUACGAGCAAUGCCGCCGCGGUCCCCCUGGCACCAUCUGCCGCGGCCUCAUCACCCUCGGGAGCAUCGGCUGGAUCUACUGCGGCGUCGGCGGCGUCGGCUGUGUCCGCUGGGAGCGGAGAUGGGCCAGCCAUGCUGUCCCAACGUGCGUUGGCCAACAUGCCGCCUUCAGAGCGUCCCAAAGCCAAGCCCAGCAGGAAGAUUGAAAAAGGAGGAGGAAGUGGAGGCGCAAAGAAGAGCCCAUGUGGGGCGUUGCCCUUGGAAUCUCCGGCAAGUGGGAGCGUGGCAGGGAGUGUGGUGGCUGCUAACGCCACUUCAACCUCGCCGCCCACGCCUGCCGCAUGCGGGCCCUCCUCCACUAUCACCACAACCAAUGUGACGUCGCCCACUUCCUCGUCUCAGCAAUUGCAGGCCGCUCUCCAGCAACAUAGCCAGCAACUGGCCCAGCUUCAACAGCUCCAGCAGUUGAACCAGCAACUCCAGCAACAGGUUCACCAACAACGCCAGCUCAAACAGCAAAACCAAGCCACUCUCGCCGCUCUCCAGCAGAAUGCGAUUGCCAACCAACAACAAUUGGCGGCUCUCCAGCAAAACGUGGCCCAGUUGCAGCAACUCGAGCAGCACAUUCUCUCCCAACAACAGCAACAACAGGAACAGCAGCAACAGCAACAGCAGCAACAGCAACAGCAACAACUGGCCAACACCAACACCAGUGGAUCAGCAGCAUCUUCAGCAUCACCGUCUGUGUCUGCACCAUCUUCAGCAAUUUCCCCAGCAUCCAAUUCAGCGGCAUCAACCACAUCUGCAGCCGAAUCAGCAUCAUCAGCCCCAUCAGCGUCGCCGUCUUCAGCAACUUCAUCAUCCGCGACAGCGACCUCGUCAACCCCAACCACCACCAAUACCCCAACAGCGUCAUCGUCGUCAAACCCCACCACCACCACUACUACCAAUACGCCCACCACCUCCAACAACGCCAAUCAGCAUCAUCAGCUCCAGCAAAGGGUUCAGCAGAUCCUCCAACAAAAGCAACAGCUCCAGCAGCAGAUCAAGCAGUUCCAGCUGCAAGUGGAGCAACAAUUGGCUUACACACAACACACCACCAAUAAUGUUGCGGCGGGGACCUCUUCCUCCAGUUCGGCGAGUACUUCCACCGGCUCCGCGAGCAACAACGGGAAUGCCAAGAACAAGCGGAAUAAGGACGGGGCCAAGAGCUCGGCUAGCAGCCACGAGGAUGCGGCCUACGAGUACGUCCAAGCGCCGCAGGCCAACCAAGCCGUGCAGGCCCUCUACCAAUUGGAAGGCCCCAAGGGGAUGGUGGUUCCUCCGUCGGCCGAGAUCGAGCCCUUGACCCAGGAUCCAGCCCUCUUGAGCAGUCUGGACACGAGUCGGAUCGAGAGCCAAAUCGCGGGUCUGAAGAACAUCAACAUCUCCCUGGACAGGGAUAAUCCCGCUCUUCUGGACUACAAGGAUGGACUUCAUGCAGCCGUGCUUCAAUAUUCGUCCAUGGCCUUGGGUGGACCUGGUGCCCUAAUGACUCCGGUCGAGGCCAACGCCUCCUUUGGGAAUCAAUUGCUUCUCCAACCACCUCAGUUCCCCUUUGGUCAAGGAGCGGACAUGAACUUCCUGUCGGACGGAUCCAACUACUUCGGCCAUCCUCAAGACACGAUCUACUUGUCAGGAGAGCAGCCUGACCUGCCUCAAUGUGGCCUGGACCCGUCGCAGCAGCAGCAACAACAACAACAACAACAACAGGAGCAACAGCUCCAGCAACUGCAGCAACUCCAAGCCGACAAGCAAGCUGGCGUGACCUCCUCCAAGAAGGCCAGAAGCAUCAAGAGUAAGAAAGGGAACAACAACGGCCUUGUGGCGCCCGUGGAUCUGGGCGUGAUUGCCCCCGGGGGUAGCAACCCUCCAACAGCGACCGAUCCUGCGACCUCGACCGAUCCUAAUGUCUCCGGCGACCUCUUUGCCGGCGGAUUGGACAAUCAAAUUUGUCAACUCUCGGGUCAAGCUGGACCCACUCCUCUUGUGGAUCUGGACUCUGAGACGGAUAGCAAUCACGAUACGGCGCUCACCUUGGCUUGUGCCGGUGGUCACGAGGAGCUCGUCACCUUGCUUCUGGACAGAGGAGCCAACAUAGAGCACCGUGACAAGAAAGGUUUCACUCCAUUGAUUCUGGCGGCCACGGCCGGCCACGAAAAGGUGGUUGAGAUCCUGCUGGAGCACAGUGCCGACAUCGAGGCUCAGUCGGAGCGUACCAAGGAUACCCCUCUGUCCCUGGCGUGCUCAGGAGGGCGCUACGAAGUGGUGGAUAUCCUGCUGUCCCGCAAUGCCAACAAGGAGCACAGGAACGUGUCGGACUACACGCCCCUCUCUCUGGCGGCCUCUGGUGGCUAUGUGAACAUCAUCAAGCUCCUCCUGUCCCAUGGGGCCGAGAUCAACUCGCGCACCGGCUCCAAGCUCGGUAUUUCGCCGCUCAUGCUGGCCGCCAUGAAUGGACACACGGCCGCGGUGAAGCUCCUGCUGGACAUGGGGAGUGACAUCAAUGCUCAGAUAGAGACCAAUCGGAACACCGCCCUCACCCUCGCCUGCUUCCAAGGACGCCACGAGGUGGUGUCCCUCCUUCUCGACCGAAAAGCCAACGUCGAGCACCGCGCCAAAACCGGACUCACGCCCCUCAUGGAAGCCGCAUCGGGCGGCUAUGUGGAGGUGGGGCGUGUCCUCCUGGACAAAGGGGCGGAUGCGAACGCUCCGCCUGUGCCGAGCAGUCGAGAUACCGCCCUGACCAUUGCGGCCGAUAAGGGUCACUACCGCUUUGUGGAGCUUCUCCUGGGUCAUGCUGCCCAAGUGGACGUGCGGAACAAGAAAGGGAACUCCAGUCUUUGGUUGGCUUGCAAUGGAGGCCACUUGGAAGUGGUCCAGUUGUUGUACUCGGCCGCGGCGGAUAUCGAUUCUCAGGACAACCGGAAGGUGUCGUGCUUAAUGGCGGCCUUCCGCAAAGGUCACCAGAAAGUGGUCAAAUGGAUGGUCAAACAAGUGAAUCAGUUCCCCUCGGAUCAAGAGCUCACGCGUUACAUUGCCACCAUCAGUGUGAGCGACAAGGAUCUACUGAAGAAGACCGAGCAGUGCAAGGAGAUCAUUCGCGUGGCGAAGGAACGGCAAGCCGCCGAGGCCGCCAAGAACGCAUCCAUCCUGCUGGAGGAGCUGGACAGAGAGUCGAAACUAGAGCAGAGCAAGCGAGAAGCGGCUGCUCGGAAGCGCGAAAAGAAGAAGCGGAAGAAGGCCGAAAAGAUGGUCAAGAAUACCGCCAAUGACAAGGAAAUCGCGGAUGACGAGGGCAGCAAAAACGGGGACGAUGAAGAGGACAAGGAGAACAGUAGUAGUGCCGCCGAUGUCCUGAAAGCCGGAGGUCAAGACGAACGAGAUGGAACUCCCGACCACGUGAUCACCGCGUUGAACCACAACGAGGGCGACUCCGGGAUCGAUGCCAAUAGCCAAGGCAGUGCCGCCUCCCACGAAUCUAGCAAGAAAGAUGAGCUGUCGAAUGCGGCCACCGGGAGCAAUGAUCACGCCAAUAUCAUCAGUGCUAGCAGUAGCAACAACAACAACAAGAAGAAGAAGAACAAGAAAAACAAGAACAAGGAGAAGGAGAAGAACGAGCGGAACCAGGACGAGCGAGGAUGCUCCCCUGCAGCUCCCCCUCCUCUCCAGACCGUGCGAGAGGAGCCCUCCAAGAUGACGGUGGUGGUUCCAUUGGAAGAGAGAAAAGACUCCCUCGAGAUGUCCCGAGUGCCCAAGACGCCUGAAGGUCAUUCGGUCUCAAUCUCUGGCUUUCUGCAUCACGAGCAAGAGGCCAAAGGUCGAGGGGGAAAGGCUUCGUUGUCAGGAGCCCCCGACGUGAACAUCAAUCCCCCGCCGUCAUCAUCCACUCGGAACAAUCGCCUCCAAUUAGUUGAGAAGAAUCUAGCCAACUUGACCCUGGGCUCGGGCACGUCGCCCAAGAAACCCGCCACCACCCGGAACAGCCCACCAGGGGGCGGCGUGGAGAACAAGACGCAUGGAAACAACGCUUCGUCGGCGGUUGGAGAGAAGCAGCACGUGCAAGCUCACCAGCAUCCAGAUGCUGCUUCCACAGGAUGGAAGGAGGUCGUGCGCAAGUCCAAGAAGGUCUCCGUGCCAUCCAAUGCCAUAUCCCGUGUCAUUGGCCGGGGAGGGUGUAACAUCAACGCCAUUCGGGAACUGUCCGGAGCCCACAUUGAAGUGGAGAAGCAGAGCAGCAAGGGCGGAGUGGACCGCACCAUCUUGAUCAAGGGCUCCGCCGAUGCCACGCGGCAAGCCAACACCUGGAUUCAGGAGAUCAUCAACAACCCAGAGAAGGACAUGGCCGAUAUCAUUGGCAAGCCAUUCAAGCAGCUUCAACAGCAACAGCAGCAACAGCAGCAGCAACAACAACAGGUCCAACAUCCGACACUGGUGGUCACCAACAAGCAACAACAGCCCCCACAACCCCUGAUGUCCAAACUGUCCAUGGGCCAGAACAUGUCCAUCGCUGCUCAUGGGUCCAAGACCACGGCCCAGCAGCAACCGUUGAUGUUGGUCGGUGGAUUGACCAAGUCCAACUCGGGUUCGUCCAAGAGUCCGCAGAUAGCGGCCAAUGCCAUUGCCAAAGGUGAAGUCCAGAGGAACGCCCAGCCCAACGCCCAGCCCAGCGCCACGCCCGUGCCCAAAGCCCCCUUCCCCGGGACCCCAGUGGCCGCCGGGAAGCCAGGGAAACCUUCAAGCUUCGCCGCCGUAGCUGGUGGAUCCGAUGGCGGCUCGCCCGUCGGCAUGAUUGCCACGGGGGCCCACCCGGGAUCUCAGAGACCCAUGGGCUCAUUUGGUUCGAGCCCGCUGCCAGCCAUGUCGUCUAGCAAGCGAGAUCGCGAAGAACCUCUGGCGGCAACCACUCCCAAAGUGAAUAUGCCUCACCUCGGGUCAAAGAUGGACUCAUUCCUUCGAUUCAACAUCGGGAGCAGCAACAGCACAUCCGUGGGCAUGACUCCCACGGCCAAUGUAGGACCAUCCUUGUCAAGCAACUUGAGGAGCAAACCGGUGGCGCCCGCUGUGGGACACAUGACCAACAAUCACGCCAGCCUCAACAACAAGGAGUACUCUCCGUUCAAAUACAAGAUGGAGUGGAGCACGAACCCCGGCACCUCGUCCAAUUCUUUGGCCGCCAAGAGGGACACCAUGGAGAGCUCUUUCGGACCUUCAGAGACGGGCUUGCGUUACCAGCCCGCACCCCCGUUGCCCCCGAGUGUGGACAUGUCCAAGGCUCCUGGAUUCAAUCGCGCCAAUCUUGGAUCUCCGGGUCCGGGAGUGCUGGCCGCGGGCGGAGGUGGAGCCUCUUGGUUGAGCAAGUCGCCGGGAUCGAAUUCGGAUCCCUCGGAUUCGCUGUAUCAAACCCAAGAGAGGUGCAACUCUGCCCCAGGAACACCCAUGAGCCCCAAUGUGCCUGCACCCAUCGGACCCCCUGCAUCCUCCUCGGGUGCCAGUGGUAGCAAGUCCACCUUGUCCCCUGGGUCUGAGCCAGACUACUUCCGACCUCAAAUGACCCCCAACAGCAGCGCCCCGGGUGUUCCCUUGGGUCGGAAUCGGGGUUCCCCUGUGGGCCCUGGUUUAGGUGGAGGCGGAGCUGGGACUGGUGCGACGAACAACUACAGUAGUGGGCGCGCCAUGACUCCUGACUCAGAGUUGGAUCACAUUCGAGGUGGUCCCAGCAUGGUACAGAAUCGACCCUCGUCUGUGGCUGGCAUGGACAAGAAGGAUUUCUACAGCUCAGCCAGUGUGCCCCGAUAUGGGGGUGGCGUGGGCGUCAACGGGCCCAAACCCAACAACACUUUGGAAGGUAUCAAUCUCAUGAAUCUGGCUUCGCAAUUGAGCAACGCAGCUGGAUUUCAAGAUCUAAUCAGUAAUGGCUCGCCCACCUCUGACGCACCCAGCCCUUUCGAUUAUAUGGGUCGUUCCCGAUUCAAUAAUCCAUCCAUGGUCAUGAUGAACACCCAACCGCCACAACCACAGCCACAUCAGCAGCCACAGCACGGCGGACCCAAGCUAAACCCACAUGCGCCUGAUUUUAUGCGACCCCCUGGGGAGAGCUUCAAGAUGGGCAACAACGUCAUGAGUGGUCCGCCGCCCAUGCGAAACACCUUGCCUCCAGGUAGUGGCAUGGGGAUGAAGAAUCAUGGGGGAUAUUACGGCUCGGCCAUCACCACCUCCAGUGGAGGAAUCUACUCGAACCACAACCCAAACAUCAACGUGGCCAUGUCGGCUCUGAGCGGGCACAGUAUCAGUUCCAUCAAUCAAAGCCUACAGUCAUCCAAUCACGAUUUCAACUACGACCUGUCCAACCUGGGAGGGCGCUCAUUGAAGGAGAUCAACGACAUGCUGGCCGGAACCGGAGAUUUCAAUAGCUCCAUUCCGCCACCCAGUGGUCCCCCGCCCUACAUGAACUCGCCCCCGGUUGGCAUGAUGGACAAUGAUUCGUCCCGUUUCUCGCGACCCAUUGGCGCCGAGCGCAGAGUGCCGCUUGGGAGUGGAGGGCCCGCUCAACACCAGCAGCCUCCUCCCCCGCUCAAGAUGUCCAAUUGGGACCUGUACGGGUCGUCUGACCUGACCAACGGAGGAGGGAGUGGGGGCAUGGCUGCAAUCCCUUCCAGCUUGACCGGCCACACCCUGGAUAGCCUCUUGAAAGGUGCCUCCUCCUUCAAUUGCUCCCAGUCAGGUGGAGGCAUGAUGAGCGACUACACCCUCAUGGGUAGUGGCCUCCAAUCUCCGGCCACGUCGAUCGGCAUGUCUCCCAAUGUCACUCCGACCAAGAACAAUGAGUUUGGAGCCUAUUCCUUGAGCGGACCUCAAGGCUCCGCCGGUAAGAAGAUCAACCUGUCUGGUGUCGGAUUUGGCGACCCAUCGGCGGCCAAAAGAAAUAUGAGCGAGUACUGGAACCAAAAGUGGCAAGAAUAACAAGGUUGUUGUGCCUGGAAAAAAGAGCCUCCUAGGAGGAUCUAAGUGCUUGGAAGACCCGACCCCCUUAUAGUGUUUGUGUGUGAUGAAAAAAGAUUCUGCUUCUCUUACUCUUUCUCCCUAUUUGCUACCGUUGCUCAUGGCUACAUUGACGACGACUAAACAACAUCAAUACCCUAUUAUUACCAUUUGUUCUCCAUUUUUCUCUCUUUUUCCUCUCGUGUACAUGCUAUGAUUGAAGAUCUUAUACGCCCCUCAAUCGCUCCGAAAAAAAGGAGUUGUUCCCCCCCCCCAAACUCCCGCCCUUCCCCAACCCAUAAGCUGACGCAGUACCCCGUGGCCUUAGACGAAACCCCGGACACGCUCACACCCCAUUGUGCUACGAGGAAACCGAUGUGGGAGUGGGACCUUCAGGCGAGUAGUGAACGCCAUUGGGAGCAUCUGUUAUUCUCUUGUGAGGGAAGGGAGAAGAAAGAAGAGGGACCGAGUUUGCUCCCUUGCGCAACUCUUUAGUCCCUGAAAUGAUGAUGAAGAAAAAGAAACCAGAAUGACUUUGUGAACUUUCCCCACGAGACGAGGUUUGUCCCCAUCAAUGAUGAUCCAACCCAAGCCGCCUUCCUAUUUGAAGACCCGUGUCAAGAACAAAGAAGAAGGAAACGAUGAUGCUGAACUUCCCCCCCCCCCUUUCUUCUCUUUGACGAUGAUGACCUUCUUGAUCACGGUCGUCGAUUCUGGAGUGGCGCACGCAUGAACCGGAUUGCCGUUUUUUGGCGGAAGAAGUCUUUUGUUUGUCUCUCAUCGAAAGGAAUGGCAAUUUUAAUGAAUACACUGAACAUGAUGAUACAGAAACUUGGACAACCUCGAUCUUACUGAUAUUGCUGCUACGACAAGAACAAUUACAGUUACGGUAAAUUAUUAUGCUGCAUACAUAACUUGUUUUCCCGACCUUAUUCUCCUACUAGGAAUAAACGGUGAAAACGUU